AGUUUUCAUGCAGGCCAGACAAAACGUGUAUUUUUGUUGUUAGUUGUAGCACGUGUUGGAAACAUGCAUGCUUUUUUGUAAUCCAAAAUUAGUGCAUUGCUGUCCCUUUCCUGCACAAAAACGUGUGUUUCCCUAAUAUUUUGUAAAAAAAAAAAAAAUUUUGUAAAGCGACAAAAUUUAUCGUCAUUUACUCUAAAGUACCUCAUUUUAGGGUUAGGCAGUCUAUUAGAUACCGCACACAGCACCACGACGGGCUGCAACUAAGGUUGUGUAAGACAGCACCUGAAAUAAUAGAAGAAUUGAGAACCAUGCGAAAAGCAGCCAUUACCCUGACUGCCGCUGGUGUGCACCUGACGACGGAGCCAGUACCAGUGCACGCGGCAUUCGAAUACGAUGGAGGGCGAUCGAAGAUCUUGUUUAACAACUAUGACAAGUUCAAUACGGUACUACUUUGACUUCUCCUUUGUUUCAAUCAUCUUCGAGCUUUUUUGCACAGCAUCAAAUCGGUUCUGCUUUAUUUCUUGCGCAUGAUCGCUGCAUGGCAAGAAGAAGAACCAGCCGAAAUUGAUUGAAAUGAAAAUCGCAAAAACUACAAAUCAGGGUCCUAAAGCCGGUCCAGGCGUGAAGGUGAAGGAGUGCCCCCGCGCCGACGAACUGUCCCCCUUCUCCGGCAUUGCCUUCGCGGAUUCCCAGAUUUUAGUGCGGGUGAACGAGACGGAUAGUUCGCCGCAAUGCCAGGUGUUGAAAAAAAUCGGGUCCAACGCCGAGACGGCGGUGGAGGCGGAAAAAAUGAUCGAAUUCGCGAAGCGGUGCGGCCCGGUGGGGGAGUACAAGCGGCGCAUCGCGGAGUCCUGGUCAAUCCCCAUGUUCACCGGCGGGCUGGAUUGGGUCAGUGGCGAGGGGGAGGAGUUGUAUAUCGAAACGGACUAUCAAAUGCAAAAAUGUCUGGGUCUGGAAGUCUGUGAUGCUGAAUUGCGCAUCAUUGCAACGCUUGCAAUGGCAGCCAAGCAUGACAAGCUUUCGAAGCGCCUUCUGAUGCCUAAACACGCAUGACAAACAGCGUUUUUACAUGGCAAGGGAAGCGUCCCAUUUGCUGUUGAUGCAACACAAAUUCUCCACGAAUGCAAGACACGCAUUACAAGUUCGACCUUUCCAGACAUCCAGGGAUAUUUGCACUCCAUACGGACCAGCAUCCGGAGGGACUGAUGGUGAACGUGACGAAGGACAAGUGGGAGUCAGCGAAGAACUGCUGGUAUCCUGUGCAAAAGUAUCGUACUCGUACUAAUUGCAGACACGCAUUACAAAUCUCGUUCCCAAGGCAAAUCAGCAUGACAAAUUGCAUUUGUCAUGCUGAGGGAAUUUGUCAUGCAAUUUAUAGUAGUACGAUACUUUUGCAGUUCAUAGCUGGGCGAUGGGCUGUGACUGCGAGCAGACGAAGAGCCCGCGGGUGAGGAUUUUCCUGUAUCUCCUCGGGGUUUGCUGUUUAGUCGGGUUGGGCUGGGACGUGAUCCGGUACUACGUGUUUGGCGUCAGGCCCGAUCCGGAAGAGGACGAGGAGGACUACGACGAUAAAAAGCGACUGACAAAGGAGGAGAAAAAGAAGCGCAAGGUAUCCUUGGUAAAAACGUCCGCGCUGCGGAGUAUUAAAGAUGGGGACUUGAUGGCUACACAAAUCAAAAAGGGUUUGUGUGUUGCGCAUGACAAGUCUGGCAUCGUAGUAUCAUCGUGUUUAGGUAGUGUGGUCGCAUGACAAAUCGAUCAGCCCAUCCUGAUUGUAGGAUGACACGCGUCGGGCGGGGACGUUUUUACUUAGGAUACAAGGAGGAGAAAAAGGAAAAAAAGAAGGAAAAAAAAGAGAAGAAGGAGAAGGAGGGGAAAGAUUCCUCGGCAUCUGGUGCAGACGACGACGAGACAGCGUCGCCGUCGAAAAAUGACGCUGGAGAGGUGGUAUCCAGUGCAAGUAGGUCUAGGUCUGGAACCUUGUGAUGCAAGUCAGUCAAUAAUAUAGCACACUGUAAUGCGCCGCGAAGCAUGCCAAAACUUUUUCUGCUUCUGUGCUGCGUAUUUCGCAUGAGAAGCUGCGUUUUUGCAUGACAGCCGAGAGAGGCUGUUUGUGGCCACGCAACACAGAGUUCAGAGUCAUGCCAGGCUAGCAUGACAGAUCUCGCAAUCUUUCAGACCCAGACAUGUUUGCAGCGCAUAGGUGGAAAUGAAGGACAAAAAGGAUGACGACAAAACCACAACGGCGGAGGAGGACGUGAAGAAGGAAAAGUGAAGUGGGUUUCUGCCUUGUUCACGACCGAUUUGCUUUUUCUCGCGCUUCUCAUGUUGCAGCAAGCAGCAGUUUCACCAUUUUUACUACUGCAAUCGAAAAAUACAACCAAAUGUGUCCCCUCACAUAACCUGCGAUCCAUCUCAGACAAAAGAUUCUAGAUCACAUCACCGCAGCAGCAGAUUCUACCGUGAUUGCCGUUUGGAAUAAACAAAGUUUACUUUUGUUUUUGAUGUAUACACCUGUGAUAUGAUGUUGAUCCUGUAGUCUCUCUUCCCCGGCUGCAGUUGUCCCUCGCAAAAUUCUAUGUGAAACCACAAAGCCUUGAGAUUGCUAUUCCUCUCCCAUGUGCAAAUUUUUACCCGCGCACGAAAAAUGAAACGCACGUGGUUCAUCGUUUUCGUUUGCCACGGAGUCGCAUCAAU